CCUUGUCAUUCUCCCUUUUCCGGGCUUCAUCCUAGUCCUUUCAUCCUAGUCCUCCCCCUACCCCCAUCCGAACUUGUGUUGCGCUACCAACGUACGUUGUGUGUCAAGAUGUCCAAACCAACGCGCAUCGCAGAGCUAUCUGCGCGCAUAGCUGCUAACACAACCGAAAUCGACAACUUCCUGGUCUCGCAGUCGCUGCCUACCCCUUCAUUCGACCCAGAUGCGCCGCUAAAUCUAUUCCAUCCCAAUAUUAAUGGCCGUAUUCUAGCUACUCGCGAGGCCAUUAUACAGGAUACCCUUGAACUACGUGAUCUCCUGCUUGGCCCUCGCGAACAUCUAUUUAGGAGCCAACCUAACUAUCACCUUAGCGAGCUGGCCAUCGUACGCUUCGGACUCGCACGUCUCGUCCCACUUAACGGCGAAAUUACCUUCGCUGAGUUGGCUGUUGCCGCCGGCAUAGGAGAAUCGCAUCUUCGGAGGUUGGUCCGUCACGCCAUCACACAGCAUAUAUUCCGCGAGCCACGGCCGGGCUUCAUUGCCCACAGCGCCAGCUCGCGUUUACUUGCUGAGGAUUCCGAUGUAGCAGCCUGGGUCCGAUGGCGUGCCGACGACUGUUGGCUUGCCGCCUACCACACGUGCGAGGCGAUUGCACGCUGGCCCGCGUCUGAGGAGCCCAACGAAACGGGGUUUUCUCUCGCGAAUCAGACCUCGCUUGGUAUGUUCGAAGUCCUAGCCGCCGACCCAGAGCGUGCAGCACGCUUCGCUGCCGGAAUGCGCCUGUAUGCGGCGCGUCCGGAUCUGGACGUUCGUUACCUCGUGGAUGCGUGGCCUUGGGGCGGGCUAAAGGAUGGCGCCACGGUAAUCGACGUGGGUGGCUCUCAUGGCGAGGCGGCGAUAGCGCUUGCGCGCGCCUUCCCGUCGAUGAACCUUGUCGUCCAGGACAUCGACAAGCCCACGAUCCUCGAGGCAGAUUCGCGCAAGCCCGCUGAUGUCGCCGACCGCUUGCGUUAUAUGACACACGACUUCUUUACCGAGCAGCCGAUACGCGAAGCUGACGUGUAUCUGUACCGCGCAUGCCUUCACAACUGGUCAGAUAAGUAUGCCGUUCGCAUACUGCGGGCGCUAAUCCCAGCGCUGAAGGUGGGUGCGCGAGUACUGUUGAAUGAUGUGGUGGUACCCGGACCUGAAGAGAUGUCGCCUGGAGCGGCGUCCGACGUACGAUCUGGUGAUUUAAAUAUGAUGAUGCUGUUCAAUGCUGCAGACCGCGAGGUUUCUGACUGGGCCCGUCUUUUCGAAAUGGCUAGUCCGGGGUUCCAGUUUAAGGGGGGAAAGCAGCCACCUGGGUCAGGUCUGUGGAUUUUAGAGGCAUCAUGGAAUGGGGUUUAAAUCACACUAUCCGUGCUGUAACGUAGGGUGCCCUAGAGCUGUUACUGUAUCUCAUUAAUAAUAAAAUCCAACAGAUAGUCCGGUAGCUAGGGCUCUCCGCUGUCGAAAUAAGGGUAGACCAUGUCUUCCAACCAUGCGACCAUGCUGAGUUGAUUUGAUCUUUGCUCGGUAUGAGAGGGCCACCGUCCUUGACGAUCAAUUGCUCUUUCUCCAUCUUCUCCUAAACGUUCUACUCUUCUUCAGUCGUUGCCUCAGUUGCAUUGGGUGACGACUCUUUGCUCUAGUUAUAUGUGUCAGAUAUAAGCGAUGGCAUGCAAUUGGGUUGAAUAUGUUGUAUUGGUCGAUUUGUUCAUGUAUGUGUCCUCUAGUAGUAACCGCAUUUAUAGGUAGAAAUGUUAUCAGAUUUAAGUUAAUUACAUAAAGUUUGGUCAGAAUUGUCUGUUUAUUUCUUCCAAUUGAGAACUUCUAUCUUCUGGCUCCCUCUUUUAACCCAUG